AGGUAAAAGAGUUGAUAACCUGGCGCUUUUUUAAAUUUCCUCGGACUUGACAUUACGCUUGAUCUUCAUAGUGGAUGAAAACCGGCAUAUUCUCGCGAGUCGGAAUGAAAAUUGCAGAGCUAUGAUGCCGAAAUAGCCACUAUUUGUAUACGUGACGUAGAUUCCGUCCACGAAGUGAGAAAAUGAGAAAAUACUUGGGAAGAUACCCGCGCCCGCAUAAAAUUGUGUCCAUAUACGCCGGCAAAGAGAGACGAUACUGUAAUCAAACUCAGUGAAUUUUUGAAGGGCUGUUCUACUUGCACCAUUAUUCCACUCGGAUAUCUCGAAGAGAGCUUUUUAGUCGCUCGAGUCAGUCGUACGUCAGCAGAGUCUUAAGAAACUCGUCGUGUUGUAGAAGUGCAACAGUCAAUUUGUUGCAACCGAGUAUCAUAUCACGUUGGAAAAAGUUCAAGUUCCUCUUUUGAAUCUUUGCCGUUAAUGCUAAAAUGAUAACUACUAACAACGGGUAUUUACGAAGAAUAAAUUAUUAUAGACAUUAAAGUUCUGAAUAUUACGAAAGUAAAAAUUUUAUCACACAUAUUUCAUUACAAAUAUUUGAGAUUAUCUUACGCCGUUCAGUUUAAAAGAUGGCAAAAUUUCAUCAGCUCCUAGGCAUAGCAUUAAUAUUUUAUUCCUGCUUUAUAUUAACAACAUCGAAGGCAUUGGUGUCUAACACUACACACCGGCAGAAUAAUAAUUUGACGUUACGAUUAGUCAGCACGGUAUUUAGACACGGCGAUCGUAUAAUGGACAAGUGGAGAAGUAACGAAUCUUAUCCAAACGAUCCAUAUAAUAGUCGUAAAUUCUAUCCAGUUGGCGACGGAGACUUAACUAAUGUCGGCAAGAAAAGAGCGUACGAAUUAGGGUUGGUGUUAAAAGACAGAUACCACAAGUUUCUCGGAGAUUUGUAUUAUCCACCGAAUGUCUACGCACGUAGCUCAUGGGUGCCUCGAACCAAGAUGACCCUACAAUUAGUCCUUGCGGCGCUUUAUCCACCUGUCGAAAUUCAAAAGUGGAACUCGGGGCUUCCUUGGCAGCCAGUAGAGAUGAUAUAUUUUCCAAUGAAUGAAGAUAAUCUGCUAUUUCCAAUGCAGUGCUCUAUGUACAAUGAUAUUUACAAAAAUGUGUUACAAAAUGCAGAAGUGAGAAAGAAAAUAGAACAGUUUGACAAUUUGAUGAAGAUAACGUCAAACUAUACAGGAACUAAUAUUACAAAUCUCUUGGGCCUUGUUCGUUUGUAUAAUAUUUUAAAUGCAGAAUCAUCUAUGGGAUUAAUUUUACCUAAAUGGACGCGACGUAUAUAUCCGAAUGGCACACUUUUGAAUGCGACUCGCUUAUUCUUCGACUUACUUAGUUACGAUCAACUAAAUAAUCUUAAUGGAGGUGUGUUAUUAAAUGCAUUAAUUAACGACAUGAAUAAAGUGAUCAACGGAACUCUACAUCGCAAAAUUAAUCUCUACUCCGCACAUGACAUAAAUGUAUUUGGAUUGCUACGUGCUCUAAAUAUUCGCGAUCAUUAUUUACCAGAGUUUACGAGCAGCGUUAUUAUAGAAUUACAUGAAAGAAAUAAGAAGUAUUUUGUCAAAAUAUUACAUUAUUUAGGUAUUCCACCGAAAACAUUACAAGUUAUCAUUCCCGGCUGUACAGUAUUAUGUCCAUAUGACAAAUUUAUCGAACUAACUAAGAAUAUAACUGGGACAUUUAAAUCACCAUGUUAUCCAGAGAAUCAGAAUAUAAGUAAACCUCAUGUUAUCACACCAUUUGAUGAUUCUUUUAUAAAUGAAUAG